GUAAAAGCUUCUCACCAAUACCAAACAAAACAAAAACAUCCUUAAACAUUCAUCUCAUCAUUACAAAUAAUCAAACAAGAGAAUUUAGUUGUGUGGAGUGAAUUUGAAGAUGACUUUGUUUGACAUGGAUUUGAGUAGUGUAGUGAACAAUUUCUUGAAUCAUGUUCAUGAAACUCCUUCAAGGGAUCAUGAGAAUCAUGAGAGCAGAAGAAGGGCUUCUAGUAUCCCGGUGGACAUUUUGGAUACUCCUAAAGAGUAUAUAUUUUUCUUGGAUGUUCCUGGUCUCUCCAAGUCUGAAAUUCAGGUGACAAUUGAAGAUGAGAACACACUUGUCAUAAAGAGCAAUGGAAAAAGAAAACGGCAAGAUGGUGAGGAUGAAGGCUGCAAGUACAUUAGGCUGGAGAGGAGAGCACCUCAGAAACUGCUGAGGAAGUUCCGUUUGCCAGAGAAUGCAAAUGUGUCAGCAAUCACAGCCAAAUGUGAGAAUGGUGUUCUAACUGUGAAUGUUGAGAAGCACACUCCACCUCCAAAAUCGAAAACAGUUGAAGUUGCUAUUGCAUAAGGGGUUAUAAUCUGUAGUAGAUUGGGUGCUAGAUCUUCUUUUUUUUUAGCUUUUUGUUUGGUUGUCUAGACAAGUGCUUUUAGUUUUGUGAAUGUUUAGGUGGAAAUUGAAGUGUUAAAUCAUGUUUCUAGCUAUUAUGUUCUCAACAUUAAAUAGCAGCAUUAUAGAGAAGACAAGACAAGACAACAUUAUAUUAACAAUAGUUUUUGUCAGUCAAUCUAUAUAAACUCCUAUCAAGGGUCUUAUCUAUAUGAUGUGGGGUCUAACUCAUCCUUAAGA